GAGUUAAAUUCACUUGGGAUAAAAGUUAUGAAUUAGAUUAAACACAGAAAAUGCAUAGAAUAAUCAGAAAUUGUUCACAAAUCAUUCCACUUUCGGAAAAUGUAUUAAAAGUUCGACAAGUUUCCGCUCUCUAUAUAUCCGGAGAUAAGGCCAGCGAAAACUAUGUGACCCUUCAACCUUACAUGGAUUUUAAACAAACAUUUGAGAAUGUGAAACAAUUGGAACAUUCAAUAGAAAAGAGAAAAUUGCAAAUUGACAUGAAAAAGGUAAAGGAAAUGUUUGCUACAUACAGGGAGGGAAAAAGGGCAAUGGACAAACUGGCAGAUGAACGGGAAAUGAUUGCAAAACAAUUGAAGGAACUUUCUAAAGUAGCACAAAAAGAUGAAGAUCUAAUGAAUCAGCUUAAAGAAAAGGGCAAACAUUUAAGGAAUGAUUUGAAAACUAUGAAAACUAAUUUCUAUCCCAUUGAAGAUGAAUUUAUACAAGCCUUUUUGCAUUUGCCGAAUACUUUACAUCCGCAUUGCCCUGAGGGAGAACAUGAACGAGUACUGUAUCGUAGUAAGCAAGAGUUAUUAGAGGCGGAGAAAUCUCAUGUAGAUCAUGAGAAAUUAAUACAUUUUAUUGACAACAGUCGUUACUACAUGAUAAACGAGGCAGCCGAGUUCGAUAUAAGAUGCACUCAAGCAUUAACUAGAUAUUUUCUAGAUAAAGGUGGCUUCACCCAAACAGCUAAUCCAGAUUUCACUCGGUGUGUUUUGUUGGAAGCUAAUGCUACACCCAUGGAUAAUUAUUAUAAGGUAAUGGAAGCACAUUUACAAAAUAAACUUAAUGCUGCCUAUUUAACGGGAGGUGGUUCUUUUGAAAGUUUUUUGGGUGCUGUAACGAAACUUUGUGUUUAUCCCUCGGUACUGCCGCUAAAAUUUGUUAGCUGUGGUCGCCUCUAUGAAAGAACUAACUCAAACAAUACCCCAAAUCUUUUUACUGCCACCCAGAAUAAUGCUGUGCAAACGUUUGUGGCCACAACUGACUUGGCGGGAGCAGAAGAACAAAUGGAAAAUAUCCUAAAUCUAUGUGUGGAUUUCUAUAAAACAUUUAACGUACACUUUCGAAUAGUUUAUGUUAAUGCUGCCCAACUAACACCAGCUGAAAGUUUGCGUGCUCAAAUUGAAAUCUAUUCACCCCAUGAGAAACGUUACAUAUGCGUGGGAUAUGUUAGCAAUUACAAGGAUUUUGUUUCGAAACGUAUACUUUUUACUAUGCGUCAACAGAAAGACUAUCAUUUUCUACAUCUAGUUGGUGGCCCAGUACUUUAUACCUCGCGUUUAAUUGCGACUCUCAUUGAACAUGGCGAAAAAUUGGAUUAUGAAAAAGUUUUAGAAGCUUUAAAAUUAAAAACACCCAACGAUGAUGCAUCUACAAAUGCCUUGAAUGAGUUUAAAUCAUUGUUUAAAUAAAACAGCUUUAUGGUUUUUUAAAAAUAA